AUGGCGGCCUCCUUUGGAUACACAUGUAAAAUCGGUCCUUCAAUUCUUAAUGCUGAUCUUUCUGCACUUGCUGAAGAAUGUCAACGGAUGAUAGACUCCGGUGCGGAUUACUUACAUUUGGAUGUGAUGGACGGUCAUUUUGUUCCCAAUUUAACUUUUGGUCAUCCUGUUGUGAAAUGUCUUAGGCCCAAAGUACCAAAUGCUUUUUUUGACAUGCACAUGAUGGUAGCCAACCCAGAAAGAUGGAUAGAAGGAAUGGCUGAUGCAGGGGCGAAUCAAUACACUUUUCAUAUUGAAGCUACUGAUGAUCCACAAGGUUGUGUACGGAAGAUCAAAGAGACAGGAAUGAAAGCAGGCAUUGGUAUAAAACCAAACACCUCUGUGGAAACUGUACUGCCUUAUGUUGAUAUGGUAGACCUGAUUUUAAUAAUGACAGUAGAGCCUGGUUUUGGCGGGCAGAAGUUUAUGGAGAAUAUGAUGCCCAAAGUUCGUUUGUUGCGAGAAAAAUUUCGGGACUUGGAUAUUGAAGUCGAUGGUGGUGUUGGAACAAGCACAAUUCAAUGUUGUGCUGAUGCUGGGGCAAACUUGAUAGUCUCUGGCAGUGCUGUUGUUGGCAGUGAUAAUCCACGUCAGACCAUCAGCUAUAUGAGAAUGGUGGUAGAUGAAGCGAUCCAGAAAGGACAGUUGGAACGAUAA